AGUGUAUGGAAGAGGGGGUGUGCGUGGGGGCCCGAAUCAUUUACUUUUCGUUAUUUCAUCGGUGUAUUUUCAUAAUGCAUUCAUUCUACUUUACUUCAUUUGCAUUUAUUAUUUUUAUCACACAGAUGUUCAUGGAUUUGGUUUCUGCCCAAGCCAAGUCAUAAAUUGGAAUGGGCUUGUCAGUCAUAUGAUAAUUUGUCAUGCAACAGGUGCUCAAUUUUCUGAAAUUAAUUGCUGCGUAGAGCAUGAAAAUGCUCAUCCAGGAUUCAGUUGCAUGGGCAGCUGGAUGCAGUCAUACUAUGAUAUUGAAUAUACAAUGCAUCCUGAAGAAAGUUGAUAAAUAAUAUAGCCAAGAUACUGAGAUAGGGACAUGAUGAUGGCAGCCAGACUCCCAGCAAGUUUUCAGGAACAGGUUGUCAUCCAGGGUGGUUACAAGGAUGACACCAAAGGACUGUGGAGUGAAAUAUGGAACACGCUUAUGGGCUACAUCAAUGCUGAUGACUCACCUAACAAGCUGCAGCAGAAGGAGCUCCUAGUUGACCUGAUGUCGCAGUUCCUGUCGCGGGUGGCCCACGACAGCAAGUUCUACCUGACGUGUACGUCGACCGUGCUGCGCGCCUCGCUGGAGCAGGCGAACUGCCGACCGCUGACGGCCGCGCAGGCCUUCGAGGCGCUGCACGAGUACGCUAUCCGCAUCCUGGCGCAGCCCUGGCGAGCAGAGUUCACCAAAAUCAAUAUGUACUCUGGCUACUACGUGCACACGGUGCAGUCCCGCCUGCUGGAGGCGCACCGGCUGCUGGAGGAGAUGGGGUUCCGUGUGGACGUCACCAGUCAGACGGCCACGCUGCGCGAGCCCGUGGACGUGGACCAGGUCACCAAGGCGGCCAUCGACACACUCAUGGCCAGUGUGGAGUGCAGGAUCAUCGAGCGCAUCCUGGAGUCUCUACCGGCCGGCGCGUACACCCCGCUGGGAGUCCUCUGCUAUCGCUCCUCGUACGUGGGCGGUGUCGAGGCGGCCGUCCACCACCUGAACGUCACCCUCCGGCAGCGCAACUUCCAGCGCUACUUCGCUCCGCCGACGGAGGUAUCGGGCGGCGGAGGGGGUGGGGGAGGCGCAGCACCCCCGGUGUACCCCUGGCACCCGGCGCCGGCGGCGGCACCCACCGCGCUCCCGCCCGUGCCCACCGCUCGGCUGGUGGAUGUGGGCGAGCGUGAGCCGCGGGACAACCAGGGCUGGAUCCCCAAGACAAUUCGCCACCAGCCGGCGGAGCGGUCGGAGCAGCGGUCGCCGGCCCCCGCCGCUCUGCUGCCGGCGACUCUGGACGAACACCAGCUGGCCAGCUGGGACCUGGUGGGCGACGCUGCGACGACUGCGACAGCGGGAACGAGCCCUCAGGUCCGUCAGCCGCCGUCGUAUGACUCGCUGGACGACUCCUGGGGGUACGUGUUGAACAGCCUGGACCGGCGGAGACCUGUCUCCGGGCGGUACGAUAACGUACCGGAGCUGGAUGAGGCGGAUGGUCAGAGAGGUGCGUCCUUCCAGCGGUCGGCCACCCUGCCGACGCCACGCUCCGAGCCGCGGGCGCCUCCCCGGGGCGGCAGGGGUUACGUGGCCGCCGGACAGGAGCGGCAGACGUACGAUCAGCAGCCGAAGCAAGCUCCACUGUCAAAUGGCUCGGCCCGGCCACCGGCGACGGAGACUCGGAACGGCAUGGGACCGGAGUCUUCAGCGGUGACUCGACAGCAGCAGCACUAUCACCAACAGCAGCAACAUCAACAGCAUCACAAUGAACCGCAGCAGCAGCAUUACCACCACCAGCAGCAACAGCAAUAUCAACAGCAGCCGCAGCAGCAACAUUAUCAGCAGCAGCCGCAGCACCCACAGCAACACCAGCAAUAUCAGCAGCAGCAACAUCACCAGCAUCAUAGUCAACAGCAGCAGCAGUACAAUCAACAGCCGCAACAGCAGUACAAGCAGCAGCAGCAGUCACAGCAACACCGCCAGCAUCAGGUGCCAGCUGGCUCGGACCGCGCCGGUUCAACAAUGGAUAGCGCUCCACCGCGGCCUCCUCCGCCCACCGAGGUGUCCGCCGCUCCGCAGAGACCCCCUACCUACGAGUACAGUGACAGCGUGCGGGCGGCCGCGCUGGCGGAGCACGACCCAGCGCCGCGCGGCUCGCUUCCGAGCGAAUACGGUGGCGUGGAGCACAACCCGGCUCCGCGGCCCUCGCUGCCGGCAGACUACCACCAGGUGGCAGCUCAGCAGGUGUCUCAGAAGACACACCAGACGGCCCGGCAGACGCCCCAGCAGACCCCGCACGUCCAGGCGUCUCACUCGCUGCCCAGGGAUGUGCACCCGAACUCCAGAGGUUCUCCGGCGAACGACAAUCUGAUGCCGCGCUCAUCGUCAUUAGUCAGCGAUCACAGCAAGACGCCACGGCCGGCAGCAGGGGAGCAGGGCACCGCGCCGCGCUCGGCGGGAGGCGGUCGAGGUAACGGAGCCGGUGACAGCGGCAACUCGCGGCGUCCGUCCAGCCAGCGCCCCUCGCCGCGGCCGGAGCCCAGCCCGGAGCCGGCGGCCCGACCGCGCGCCUCGCCCUCCGAGCCGCGCCGACCGGAGCUGGGCGCGUGGCCGACCCGGCCGGAGCCGACCGCGGCGGCGCCGGCCGACGAGCAGUGGUCGUGUCACGCGUGCACCUACCUGAACCCCGUGUCAGUGCGGGUGUGCUCCAUGUGCGGUAAGACGCGGCAGACGGGCAGCCGGCCGGCACCGGUCGCACCCGUCGCCGCCCCGCCGGUCGAUCCACCCGAUGAUCUGGCCUGUCCCAAGUGCACGCUGCUGAACAGCAGGAGGGCCAGGAAAUGCGGCGCCUGUGAGGCGGAGCUGCAGCCGGCGAAAUAGGCGGCGCUGCGAUCAGCAGAGGCCACCAGUGUUGGUCGUUCGCCGGCGCUACAGCGCACACUAUGUGACUAACACGGCAGCCGCCGGCGUCGAGUGAGAUUUUGUUAGCGUGUGAGCCCGUGGCUCGCCGGUUGCGGCUGUUCUGUUAGCUCGCUUCCAGUGCAACCUGCCAAACAUUGUAGUGGAGCUGUGCGCUUUUGUUGGUGUAUUGUUGCUUUACAGAGUAGCGAUCUAGCUUUAAGUCGAGCGUUCCCCGCGUUAAUGCCCUACCAUGAUGAUCCACUGAUUUGUCUGCUUUACCCACUGACCCGGCAGUUUGUUUUUGUUGUCCCUUUAUGUCGCACUAAGUUGCUGCAGCCUAUCAUCCUUCCAGAGCUCGUCCCGUGUCCUCCAUGACCGAUGUGAUGCUGAUACGCCGAGGUCAGGGCGGUGACCGCUGCCGUCCGGUGCCGCGGAACUAUCACCCCUCCACCCUGCAGGCUGUCUGUCCGCGUCCGGCCGGCACGCGGGCGGGUAGACCCGUGUGCGUGUUUUUACCGAGCUGUGUGCCGUCUGUGCGCCCGUUUAGGCAAUGUAGCCGGGUUGUGAGCGCGGAGCCGAGGGAGAGCGGCCCCCGCGGCGAGUCCAGGGGCCAGAGCGUGCCUUACGUGACAGCGAUUCUAGUCAAUACUCUGCAACUCUUAUGGGAGCCAAGCUACGGAUUGUUAUACAUAUACUAUCAAACUUG